AUGUUCAUAGAUUUCCACAUCAUAACAUACAACCUGCCACACCUUCGACUUCGUACUGUGCGCAAUCGUCUGGAUUCCUUGACGCUUCCAGUCCCACAUUUUCUGCAACAUUACGCGCGUCGUCACAAUCAGGAGCAGCACUGCAACGCUGCGGGCGGGCUAUACACUUGGCGUCAACUGAGAGACGGGCCUCAUCUGGGGACGGCACAACAGACUGCGCGGAUCUGCCUAUAA